AUGGAUGGGAACAGCAGCUGCAUGGACGAGCUCAGCUCAACAAGCGACUCCGUUUCCGUUCCGCAGCCGUCGAAAUCCACGCAGCCGCCGCCACCGCAGAGCCUCUGCCGUCUUGGCAGCGGCGCGAGCGGAAUAGUGGACCCCGAAGGCGGCGUCGAAGCCGAGUCAAGGAAGCUGCCAUCAUCCAAGUACAAGGGCGUCGUCCCUCAGCCGAACGGCCGCUGGGGCGCGCAAAUCUACGAGAAGCAUCAGAGGGUGUGGCUCGGCACCUUCAACGAGGAGGAUGAGGCCGCGAUGGCCUACGACGUGGCGGCCCAGCGCUUCCGCGGCCGAGAUGCCGCCACCAACUUCAAGCCGACGCCCGAGACUGAAGACUACGAUCUCGAAGCCGCUUUCCUGAACUCCCAUUCCAAGGCGGAGAUCGUGGACAUGUUGCGGAAGCACACAUACCGGGAUGAACUCGAGCAGAGCAAGAGGAAGUGCUUGAACUCAAACGGCAGCGGCAAAAGGGCAGGAAUGACGGGAGCCCUCGGAGAUCUGUCCUCACCGGGAGGGGCUGCGAUGGUCCGUCAGCUCCUUUUUGAGAAGGCGGUCACGCCGAGUGAUGUAGGGAAGCUGAACCGGCUCGUGAUACCGAAGCAACACGCGGAGAAGCACUUCCCCCUGCGCAACAACACGAGCUCUGUAACGUUGAAGGGCGUUUUGCUGAAUUUCGAAGACAGUGGAGGCAAAGUGUGGAGAUUCAGGUACUCGUAUUGGAACAGCAGCCAGAGCUACGUGCUGACACGGGGUUGGAGCCGGUUCGUGAAGGAGAAGAGCUUGAGGGCUGGAGACAUCGUGAGCUUCCACCAGUCGGCCGGGCCAGAGAAGCAGCUUCAUAUAGGGUACAGGCGGAGGAGCGGGCUGGGCUGGUCCCCACCCGUCCCCCCGGUCCAGAUGGUAAGGUUAUUCGGGGUCGACAUCUUCAAAGUAUCGGCGGCCGCUGGCGGCGGCGACGACAGUAACGGUUGGAGUGGGAAGCGAGUGAGGGAGGUGGAGUUGUUGUCAUUGGGGUGCAACAAGAAGCAGAUGGUGAUCGGAGCCUUGUGACAGCUCGAGUCUGUUUAUUUUUUUUGGGUUCAUUCUGUAAUUUUGCAGUCUUAUGGGUUUGAUUUGGAAGAAGGACGACAGGGGAGUUGGGACUUGGGGGGUGGUGAACAGAGAAAGUGGGUGGUGGUGUAAUUGCAAGUUGCGAAGGAUGGAAUUUGUAGAGACUUACAAAGACAGAUGCUGACCUGAGGAAAAGCUGAAAUUAGGUGCAGGAAAGGAAGGAAAACAAAAGGAGGUUGAUAGAAUAAUUGUAAUAAAGAGAAAGGUAUAGAAAAAUAAAUAGAAAACUGUCAAUUUGCUUCUGGGCGACGAGAGCUCUUUUGAACUGUUUCUUUAUAUCAUGUUCUGCACUCUAGCACAAGAACCCUAGCUUUUGUUGUUUUCGCUCUGUGGGGUCACGUUGCUUCCCUGAAAUAUCCAUGUUUUCUUCGUUUGACAUGCCAUACAUGCUUCUGCUUC